AUUUUGUAUGAACAUCGUAACGGCUCCUGAUGCUGGACACGAAAUUUUUGGAUUUUUGGACAAGCACUGCAUUGAAGAAAUUGACGUGCAGUGCAUUCAAAAAUUGAAGUUCAUUAAUACAUUAGUUAGUGCUCGUUUUGUGCUGAUUUACAGAAAGCACCAUGGCUCCGAACAGUUCCUCGCGAACGAGCGGCGAAGUGCAAAAGAAGAAAUAUGAGUUUAAGGUCAAGGUUUACCAACCCAGAGACUCGGUUAUAACGGAAAUAACGCAACAGAAGAACUUGCUCGCCGUCUAUCGCAUAUUUCUUAUGGUUUUCCUGGCGCUAUGCAUCAACUUUUUGUUUCGUAACUGUUUCUAUGGAGAAGGACUUACCUCGAGUUUCGCUUUGGUCUUUCAGAGCUUCAAGAACAUUCAUAUGGCGCUGGCGGGGUGGUUCGUUGCAUUUUUAAGCACCGUGUGGUUGUACUACGGAUUUAAGUGUUGGGCAAUCGGAAGAACUCGAAUUAUUCCAAACUCGUUCGUAUCACAAGUCUGGAAUACGCUAUGGCUUACGUCCUACGCGUUUCACUUCCUUGCAGUGUUAAAUAUACCAGUUGUGUUCACCUACAGGUACAACCUUGGUUUCGCAAGCUCAGUCGCUGUAGGAAUGGAAGCUAUGAGAUUAUUAAUGAAGUCGUACUCGGUUGUCAGAAGUAACGUACCACGACUGACUACGAGUAACCUCAUGAAGGAAUUUCCGAAAUUUUCGCAUUACAUGUACUUCUUGUUUUCGCCAGCGAUGGUCUAUAGGGAUUCAUAUCCAAGGAGCAAACAUCCGAUAAGAUGGCGAUUUGUGGGUGGUCUUAUGGCGGAGUUAGUGGCCAUAAUUCUACUCUACUCAAUUAUAUUCGAACGCGGCUACAUACACGACUUGAAAAAUUUUGGACUGACCACGUAUCGUUGGACAGAUAUUGUCACGAUAAUUCUAGAAAAUUGUUUAUACUCAAUUUUUGCUUUCGUUAUGACUUUCUACCUGGUACUGCACGUUUCGCAGAACAUUUGCGCGGAAAUCUUACAGUUUUCCGAUAAACUGUUUUAUGAGGAUUGGUGGACGUCCUCCUCGUACUCCAGAUAUUACAGGACGUGGAACGUGGUGGUUCAUGAUUGGUUGUACAACUACGUGUACAAGGACACCUAUGAAAUUCUCUGCCCCGGAAACAAGUUUAUAGCGAAGCAGUUAGUGUUUUUACUAUCGGCGCUGUUUCAUGAGUACAUCUCGACGAUCGCGCUGGGAUUUUACCUCCCAAUAUUUAUGAUAUUCUUUUUUGGGUUCGGCAACUACUUGUCGUAUCAUAAAUUCUCCAGCUCGUUCGUUGGAAACCUAUUUUUACUGUACUCUCUGACGUUAGGCAGUAGCAUAAUGUUUACGACAGCCAUAAUGGAACAUUACUGUAGAACAAAUUCCGUUCAGGAGGAGAUGACCAUUUCGAAUUUUUUUACCCCGAAGUUAUUCACCUGCAUUAGUUACUAAUAAAUGAUUUUGCUUUA